ACAGGAUCAAAGGCUUGACCACUUCGACCAUAAAUCAAACAUUACCAAAAGACUCUCUGUCCCUCCUCUCUCUCCUCUAUAAAACCCCCCUCUCUGACUCUCCCUCUUCACUGCCACCUUAUUCCCCACCAACCCUUCUCUACUACUCCACAUUUCAUCUCUCUUUCUCUCUCUCUGUAUGUGUGUGGAGUUUUACGUUAAUGGAAGGAUUGGCUAACUCACAGGAUACGCUGGAGGAAUCUAGUACUAGGUUAAACGAAAGGGUGGUGUUCACCCUAUACGAAGCGCUGAGCACUCGAGACGGGGACACGGUGCACAAGCUCCUCGCCCCCGACCUCGAGUGGUGGUUCCACGGACCACCCUCCCACCAGUUCAUGAUGCGCCUCCUCACCGGCUCCUCCGCGUCGUCCACCCCCUUCGAGUUCGUGGCCCAGUCCAUCGCCGCCUUCGGAUCGGCGGUCUUCGUCGAGGGCUGCGAUCCCACCCGUUCCAUCUCCUGGGUCCACGCCUGGACCGUCAAGGACGGGAUCAUCACGCAGGUCAGGGAGUACUUCAACACGUCCUUGACUGUCACCCGCCUCGGCAACCCAGCUCAAUCCUUGACGCCCUGUUCCUCGUCUAUAUCGUCGUACUCGCCCAAUAAUAAUCCUCUUCAUUGCCCGCCUGUUUGGGAAAGCAGCGUGUCGGAUCAGGUCGGAAAAUCUGUGCCGGGUCUCGUGCUGUUUGUAUAAAAUACUACUCCAUACGCAAUGAAACAGGGGCGACUCAAGCUUAUUGGACGCGGGGGAAACUUGAUGUGAAUUUAAAUUUCCUUGUUGAACAUUGACAUUUUGUAUAUGUCAUGCAAACAUUAUUACAAUUUUUUUCCCUUUUGAAAUGGGAAAUUACUACUGAAGAAUGGAUUCUCUCUAAUUUCUAUAA